AUCCACAACUGUAUAUAACAUUACUCAUGUAUAAUUCCCUCAAUUCUCUCUCAUCUGGUUCUUUCUCAUCUGGUUAUUUUCAUAGACUAAUGAAUAAUGCAGUUGUCUGGCCAGCUUGUUCUAUUUAUUUUGGGUUCGAGAAAACAGGCUGCUAACUUUUAAUUAGGUUCUUCCCCGGAAACUCUUUGGUCAAUUGUGAUAAAUCUUGUUCCCCAAGUCAGAACUUAACAUAUUCAAACUUCCAAACCUACCACUAAUUAGAAGCCUCUAGAGCCCACCUUGCAUCUUUCAGCGUUUCAAUUUCAACCCACGGCCACCUUCUUAAAACCCCACACCCCCUCUCGCCGCCAUUAUAUUAAUUAUUCCUUCUUGAUCAUCACACACCCAAACACAAACACAUACACACGCACGCUCUCUUUUUCCCUCUCUUUUAUUUUUGUGCUUUCCCCUCCCUAGCUAGCUAGCUCCUCUAAGACCAAGAAAACCAAGAAAGAAAAGAUGGGCACUUUGGUAGGACAUGUUGCACCUGGAUUUGGCUUCUUUCUCAUAGGUCUUUGGCACCUCUUUAACCAUAUCAAGCUCCAUGCUCGGUACCCAAAUUCUUAUACCUCUCCCCCGUGGUUCCCCGCCCCAAGAUUCAAGUAUUUGGAGCUCUUCUUGAUCAUGGGUGGCUGCUCUGCCUCCAUAGCCAUGGAGCUCUUCAUUGGCCCGGACAGACACCAGCCCCUUGACCCUGAUGGAACUAUCCCCUCCAACCAUCUCCAUAACUUCGAGCACUCCUCCAUCUCUAUGACUUUCUUCGUCUACGCCGCCUUUGCCAUAGUUCUUGAUCGAAUUGGCACCAAAGCUCAGCAUGGGCUAACCCAACUGCUUGGUGCCAUAGCCUUUGCACAGCAGUUUCUUCUCUUUCACCUUCACUCAGCCGACCACAUGGGCCCGGAAGGCCAAUACCAUUUGCUUCUACAGAUUGUUAUUUUCGUUUCUUUAGCCACCACUCUCAUGGGAAUUGGUCUGCCCAAGAGUUUCUUGGUCAGCUUUGUGAGGUCAACCAGCAUAUUAUUCCAAGGUAUUUGGCUUAUGGUCAUGGGAUUCAUGCUCUGGACACCAGAAUUGAUUUCCAAAGGUUGCUUCAUGCACCUUGAAGAGGGUCACAAAGUGGUCCGGUGCUCUGGGCACGAGACUCUUCACCGCGCCAAAUCAUUGGUAAACAUCCAGUUUAGCUGGUUCUUGAUUGCAAUCACAGUUUUUGCAGUGUGCUUCUAUCUGAUCUUGGUUAAAGCUUUUGGCGAAAAGGUGGAGUAUGUUUCAUUGACAAAGGAAUUAGAUCAUGAUCAUGAAGAUCAGGAAGAAGAAGAUUAUGAUGAUGUUGAGUCCCAAAUUAAGAAAAGCAAAUUUGGGAACUCAGAGAGCUUUAUUCAAAUGGGGAAAACCUUUUCACAUGUUGACAUGGAAAGGUAGAAGAUCAUGGAAAGAAUAAAAAAAGGGAGGUUACUUGGUUAAUAGGGGUAGGUGUGAUUAAUAUAUAAUUAGCAUAGACUUAAGGGAUUAAGUCUUUCAUGGGAUAUAUCGUACUGUAUUUUAAUUAAUCAAGCCAGCAACAAUUUGCUGGCUUGGUGAAAAAAAAAAGGCGUUGAACUUUGUUAAGUUGGCCAGGGGGAAAGUACUAGUAGUGCGUGUUGGGGCCCUUGGGGGGUUAGAAGGAAAUUGGGGUGGAAUUAUUUUGGUUUGCAUUGAUGGGGCCUUUAGCUUAGAGCUAGAGGUAAGUCCUUAAUUGCAUGUGUUUGUAUGUAGAGAGAGAGAGAGAGAGAGAGAGAGAGAGAGAGAGAGAGGAAUUUGUUUAUUGUAUGUUGAGACCCACGCACCAACUUGUAUAAAAAUAACAUUUCUAAAUUAAUAAUUAGUUUUG